CUGGCGGCGAUUUGCAUUAAUCACCGCUCCGGUGUACUUCCGACCCCCCGGUUCUCGAGGAAGUGCUCCGGGCUGUCCCCUAAACGCAACCUUCUCUCACCGUCCUUCCGCGGCUGUAAGACCAUUAUCACCCACCAGCAUGGCCAUGUCCAUGUUUCAGAAGGUGACUCUGGCGACGUGCCUGCUGCUGUGUGUCGCGCUGCUGCUUCCCAAGAUGCUGCUAUCGAGGGGGAGGAAGGAUGCUGCCCCUGAAGCAGGUUCGGGUCAGUUUCCUCCCAUGAUGCACCGUCAGGUGGCCCCAGAGAGCCGAGGCCAGAGGACCGCAGGGUCCGGUGGCCCAGUCACCAGGGCCAAAGGAGCUGGCACAGGGGCAGGAACUGGAGGCAAAUCCAACCUGGCAGGACAGAUCAUCCCGGUGUACGGUUUCGGCAUCUUACUCUACAUCCUCUACAUUCUGUUUAAGAUCACAUCUAAAGGCAGCAGCAAGCCGUCAGAAGGAAGGUUUCCUCCCGUUCGCUCUGAGAACAUGAAGAGGAAGAUCACGGACUUUGAGCUGGCCCAGCUGCAGGAGAAGCUGAGGGAGACGGAGCUCGUGAUGGAGAAAAUCGUCUCCACGGCCCACCACAGUCCUGACAGGGUGAAAGGGGUGAUGCCAGACCAAGAGGAGAGUCUCCUGCAGCAGCUGACGGAGAUAACUCGUGUGAUGCAGGAGGGCCAGCUGGUGGAGGGGAUCGUUCAUGAGAAGAAGACUCCAGAAGAAGACUGGGAAGAUUAUCCUGAAGAACCUUCACCAUACUGGGAACACGGCCCCUGCUGUUGUCAGCACGGUGCGGCAGAAGCUCAGUUAGAGAGAACGGAGGUGGAAAACCUUCCUGAUCAGGUGACAGGAUCAGGUGGUCUGGGUGCAGACAUCAUGCAGGAGCCUGCUUCUGCAGCAGAUGUGAUUCCACAGAGACACGUGGAAGUGGAGCAGAAACAGGAUGCCAACGAGAUAAAGGAAGAAGGUGGUCACAGGGAUCCAGAAUUCCAGGAGGAGCAACAAGCUCAAGUCCUUCAGGAGUUGGAGCUCAUUCUAAAAACCACCUCAGUGUUGGAGCAGGGGACACCAGAGGACAUCAUCCGACCGGCGGGGACACAAAUGUCCUGCGGCUCGGUCAGACGGAGGCACAAGAAAAGGACGAAGAAAGCCACGCACUGUGACUGAAGGGAUGAGAGAAACCUGAUCCUGGUUCUGCUUAGAAGGAUCGAUGUUAUCAGACACAGGAAGACCAGCAGCUGCGUGUGUCGUAGAUCACCACAUGGUCAGCACCAUGUUGUUUUACAGCAUCGAAGUGCUCCAGAUGUAGAAAAGGUCAGCAGGGAUGGACAGCAUGCACACACCACUCACUGGAUCUGUUCAAACAUGUAUUAUAACUCUGUAAGUUAUUAAACUUAGAUGUGAAUUUCAAAAAUAAAUGUAAAGCAGAAUAAAAUCACAUUUUUUUAUUUAA